AUGAAGUUUCUCGCUAUCGGUGCGCUGCUUCUCAGCACAGUCAGUGCUCUUGCAACAGAACAUGUUAUCAAGGGUGCAUCAAUCAUUCCUGCGGACCAUAAGGGAGAAUUGAAGAAGAUUGGUGCCCAUGGCCAAAAGUACAAAGACCGUCGGACAGUCACUAUUCGUUCAUCAAAGAGUGACACAGAUGAUAUCUCCGAUGAUUUCCUCUGGGGUAUCAAGGCUGCCAACCACGGUGGACGACUUAUUCUUCAGAAGAAUAAGAAGUACGUGAUUGGAAAGAAGCUUGAUCUCAGUUUCUUGGAUAAUAUUGAAGUGCAGCUCGAUGGUGAAUUGAAGUUCACGGAUGACAUCGACUACUGGCAAGCAAACAACUUCUACUAUGCCUUCCAAAAGUCCAUUACCUUCUGGGUGUGGGGUGGUCAAGAUAUCAAGAUCUUUGGCAAGGGUACUUUGAAUGGAAAUGGUCAGGCUUGGUAUAAUGCCUUUGCCGGCAUGGAGAUUUUGGACUCAUCAAACACCUUCUACCGCCCUAUUCUAUUCCUGACCGAUAAUGCUACUCGGAUCAGUGUUGAGGGAAUCACUCAACUGAACUCGCCUUGCUGGACCAACUUCUUUAUUCGCACCAAUGAUGUAGUUUUCGACGAUGUCUAUAUCAAUGCAUUCUCGACCAAUGCAUCCGCUCUCCCCAAGAACACCGAUGGAUUUGAUUCCCUCAACGUGAACGGUUUGACUGUGACCAACACCCGCGUGGAUAUCGGCGAUGACUGCUUCUCACCCAAGCCCAACACCACCAACAUCUUCGUGCAGAACUUAUGGUGCAACAACACCCAUGGUGUUAGCAUGGGUAGUAUCGGACAAUACUCCGGGGUUCAGGACAUUAUCGAGAAUGCCUGGAUUGAGAAUGUCACCUUGCUGAACGGACAGACUGGUGCCCGUCUCAAGGCAUGGGCUGGACCCGAUGUUGGCUACGGCCGCAUCAACAACAUCACCUACAAGGACAUCCACAUCGAGAACACCGACAAGCCCAUUGUCCUGGAUCAAUGCUACUUCAACAUCAACACUACCACAUGUGCGCAGUACCCCUCUGCUGUAAACAUCACCAACAUCACUUUCCAGAAUAUCUAUGGUACCUCGUCGGGAGCAGAGGAUCAGGUGGUUGCUGACUUGACCUGCUCGCCCAAUGCCGUGUGCUCGAAUAUCCAUCUCGAGGAUAUCAACCUUGUUGCUCCCGAUGGUGGCACUGAGAUCAUCUGCGAUGGAAUCCAGGGUGACAUUGGUGUGGAGUGUGUGUCGACUACUAGCUAG